AAAAGAAGAAGAUGGUCUUUUUUUUCCGUAGUUUUUGCUACUCGGAUGCAUGGGAUGUGGUUUUGAGUCAGAAAGGAUAACGAUAUUGUCGGGUGAAACAAUUUAAAUAGAGCCACUUCAAAACCUUGUGUACCUUCGCUGGAAUUAAAUGGGAACUGAACCUCAAAAUUCACAACCGGCGUCAAAAUUCCAAGGACGCCCACUUCAAUCCAGAGAUGUCUAUUCUACCUGUAUCACUGCAACCUGCAGAUGACAUUUUGUGACACUAAGAAGGUCCCCUGCCUUUGCCUUCGCUGAGGCUCCUGGCCCCACCUUUGCGGGUAAUGUCAGCCAUCAUGUGGAAGUUUGUUCACUUGCGGAGCACAAAGCAUUAUGGGAGAGUGGUGGAGUUUAUCACCUUGGUGAAUGAAGCCAUCCCUGAUAUCUUGACUCACAGACAGUGGACGCUGAUUAUACUGGGAUUGAAACUAAAGAUGUUAAGUUGCGAGCCGGAUGUCAGAUGUGUUAAAACUGUCCUGGAGAGCAUUCUACUAAGCAGUUCAGAGCAGGCUCAUCCAACAAAUGAUCCAUUUGAGAGCAACUUAUCCACACUUGUUCUAAGACUUAUGGAUGACCAUGAAUGGAGAGAGCAUUUCCUAAAGAAUGAGUUCCCGGUGCAUUAUGGGCCAGACUUUGACACCGCACUGGAAACGUUGGUGUCUGACUUCUUCAACAGAUUGGAUGGGCUGCUGCUUAUUCCGGAUUUCAAACAGACCUCACUGUGGGUUGGCAAUGAUGUGUCAACCCUGCUGGAAGCAUACCAGCAAUACGCUUUUGAAGCCGAAGACUUCACAGCACUGCUCAGACGCACAAUCCAAAGAGGAAAAUUAGCCAAGAUAAACACCAAUGACACGUCUUCCUCAGAACAACAGCUCCUCUCAUCACUCACUGUCCCCGUCUCCACGGAAGAGAAAAACUCAUCCUGUCAGACCGAGAUUGAUGACAGUCGGCAAUGCUUUCGGCAGAGUACCACUGAUGCUGAAGAAAUCACUUGGACGUAUGUCAUCCAACAGGACCCUGAGAUUUGCUCUCAGGAAGAAACCGUUCUCACCACUUUGAACAAUAACAAAGACGAAGUAAGAGUUGAGCUCGUUUUGGAUGACCAACCUUCAGUCGCCACAUCAGUUACUGACGCAUCGGCCCCCCAUCCUGUCACAUCCGGCGGCCCUGCCGUCGGCCCUCGGCGGCAAAGGGUUGCACACAAAUGCACUCACUGUAAUAAGUGCUACAUUUAUCGUUACGAACUCCUGGAACAUCAGCGCAUCCACACUGGAGAGCUGCCUUACAAGUGUACUCAAUGCGGGAAGGCCUUUAGGAGAAGCUCAGAUCUGUCGUGUCACCGGCGGUCACGGUGCACGAAAGCUGCCUACAUUUGCCUCAAAUGUGGCAACAGCUUCCAGUCCAUACAGGAGAAAUUUAAACACCGCUGUAUUCACAACACACAAAAGCUGGAGUGUUCUCACUGCAGAAAAAGCUUCAAGAAGACGUGCCAGUUGGAAAAGCAUCAGCUGAUUCACACUCGGAAACGGCUCUUCACAUGCAGGCAGUGUGGGGAGAAGUUCUCCAGUAUGAGCGAGCUGAAAUUUCAUCGGAAGACUCAUCCCGCGGGGCUGUCCAAUCAGUGCACGCGUUGCGGCAAAAUGCUCCCUUCCGCAGCGUCUCUGGCAGCUCAUGAGGAGCGCCACGAAAAACAGAAAACACACGCUUGUGCAGUUUGUGCCAAAUCCUUCAGGAACAAACACGAACUGACCCGCCACAAGCGCAUGCACACAGGCGAGAGGCCAUACCAAUGCCCAUACUGUGAGAAACGUUUCUACAUGUCGGCGAACCUCACCGUCCACAUACGCACCCACACCGGGGAGAAACCAUACCUGUGCCCUGACUGUGGCAAAGCUUUUGCGUCGGCCGGCGAGCUGCAGAUACACGGACGCAUCCACACAGGGGAAAGGCCCUACAAAUGCAACGUGUGUGAUAAAGGAUUCACCAUGGCCGCCAAACUAACAUGCCACAUGCGCGUUCACACCGGGGAACGGCCUUACGUCUGCUCUGAAUGCGGAAAAGGCUUUUCGAGUGGUGGCCAGUUGAAAAUUCAUAACAUGAGCCACACGGGAGUCCGACCCUACCCCUGUCAGUUGUGUCCGAAAGGCUACAAGGUCCUCAAUCACCUGAAGAGGCAUUUGAAAUCUCACGGCAUCCAAGAACCGUCGGUCUGAUCCGAUCCACACAUUUCCUCUGCUGCUGUCCCCGUUCGGCUCACAGAUGAGAUGGAGUUUAUCUCAGCCCACUUUGGGCGAGGUACACCAAGGACCGGUUCUCAGUCAGUUACAGGCAUUGCAGACACAACUACUCACCCUUAUGGGAAGUUUACGGUCCUUAACGACGGUACAUCCAUGGUUUAUGGAUCUUUUGCCAUCGUGUCAAAUGGCUUUUGUUUUGCCUGUACUUAACUGGGCUGCUGCCAUGGAGGUUGAACAGUUUAUUUUUCUUGCAUUAAAUUGUCACUUAAAUACUGCUAAAUGUCGAAUGCUAACUGAAAAAAUAUAACAUUGUGUGUGUUCUUUCUUGAAAUGUUUUGUCCAGAUUCAACAUCAUUUUGGAAUGCCAGAAGCUGGUGGUUUUUGGGACUGGACAAGACAAUCCUUUCAUGCCAAAUAACUCUUUGAGCAACCACUUCUUUUAAAUAAGGCCAUUGAUGUGGAAUAUCUUGCAUCUUCAAAUGUUGCCGUUCAUACUCCCUUGUUAAUAUCCUCCAUGUGACUGCUGUUUAUUUCCAUCUAUAAAGCCCCAUAAUCUCAACCGCUGUAGAUUUGACUCAUCAGUUUUUUUUUCCCACAGUUGG